AUAUCCAAAAAAUACUCAAAAAUAUCCAAAAAUACCCAAAAAUAUCCAAAAUAUCUUAAAAUAUCCGAAAAAAAUAUUCGAAUGGAUCAUAAACUUCAGAACCGGAACCGAACCAAAAUUGUUCGGUUCCUAUAUAGAUCCUAAACUCUAGAACCGAAUGAACCGGAACCGAACCCGAACCGGAACCGAACCAGAACCGAACGGAUACCCGAACGCCCGGACUAUAAGUGGUUGGAAAGUAACAAAAAUAUAUUUAUUUGUGUAAUAAAUUACAGGGAAAAUAUAUUUAUUUUUAUCUUUAAUAUUAUUUUGUAAUUUGGUUUUAGGUUUGUGAAUCAUCGACGAUUCACUACCAGCCGCCAUGGAAGAUUCACAAACUUCUCCCUCAAGUAACCUAGAUGACGCCGGAAACUCCACACCAAACAUUCCUCUUGAUCUCACCUUAGAGAUACUCUCUAGACUUCCGGCGAAAUCCCUCAUCCGGUUCCAAGCCGUGUCUAAGUUCUGGUUCUCAAUCAUCCGCAGUAAAGAUUUCGUCGACUCGUUCCUGACUAGGUCAAAGACUCGACCUCGUUUCCUUUUAACCUUCAAGAACUUCGAUUCCCGGAAACGUUUCAUCUUCUCAGCUCCUGAACACCAAAAAAAUGACAAAUCCUCCACAGUUUUCGCCAGACACGACAUGACGAUCUCGGCCGAUCGGGUCUACCACAUCAGAUGUCGUCCCGUGAACGGUUUCGUCUGCUGCACGCGUGGUGAUUCGAUCGCGGUUUGUAAUCCAACCACUAGACAAAUAGUGAAAUUGCCAGAUGUUGAAUCCAACGGAAGACACGUGUACGCACGUCUCGGAUACGAUCCAGUCGAAGAUCAAUACAAAGUGUUGUGUGUAAUGUUUUACGAUCCUUACAGUGCUAAGUGUAAGCGACAAGGUACCCAACCGGAGCCUUACGUUUUCACAUUGCAAUCUCAGCAAAAAGAGUGGAGAAAGAUUGAAAUCACGCAAGGUGUUGCUUAUCGCUCGGUCGAUGGAGGGAUAUGCAUCGAUGGUGCUAUAUACUUUGGAGAUGGACGCUCAAGAAUAGUUAGAUUCGAUGUUAGAUCUGAGACGUUGGAGCUAAUUCAAGCACCCGAAAAUUCACUAAUCACGGAAACGUCCGAUUCUGCUCUUUUAAAUUACAAUGGAAAAUUGGGCGGUGUUGAUUAUAAUUACACUAGAGAGACAAUAUUGUGGAUUCUAGAGGAUGCUGAGAAACAAGAAUGGUCGGAAUUGAGGUUUGCCCGACCUUCUGAGUGGGAUGAUUUACUUGAGGAUUACUUUACCUCUGAGGGAGAGAGUCAUACCGGUGAGCUUAUUAUGGUUGAUUCACGGUUAAUAUCAUCUGAGCCGUUUAGUGUUUGCUAUUACGAUUUUCAUAGAGAGAGCUUAAGAAGAGUGGAGGUCCAAGGAAUUGCGGAUGAUGAAUUUAGACGUGUUCAUGGCAUUGGUAAGCGAACUCGUGAGAUUUUGGGCUUUCCAGGUUAUGUUGAGAAUAUUAGGUUCUUGUGAGUGACAAGUUUUCCAUCGUUUCACUUUCAUUACAUUUUCUCGAUCAUGACUUGUUCUACAAUUUUAUUUUAAAGCUUUAAUUUCAUUUCUUUUAGGUUUGUGUUUACAUGUAAGUAACCUAAACUUGAAUCAAUUUGUGUGAUGGCCUUAUUUAUGUUUAUAGUUAAGAGGAUGUAGUAUAUGUGGGAAAAAAA